GCUAAGACAAAUAUUCAUAUCCAACGAAGAACUAGCAGGAAUGCUAGCUUGUCUAAAAGAUAAUGUCCUUUGCCACAGUUGUAACACGGUGUGUAAUGGAGUACAUUUAAUUCGGAUAUGAUAUAAAGUUGUCCUAAUAAAUUUCCACCCAAAAAAAGUUGUACGAAUAAAUGGCAUAGUAGUAUUAAUCUAUAGUUUAUAAUGUGGACAGUUCAGUUUGUCACUUAGCAUGCAGAAAAAAUCAAGUCUCGUGAAGAAAAUAAGUCCAAGAACAUAUAUUUAAUUAAUACAGGGGAUUGUAAUUAGUAACAAAUUAUGUCUAUAAAUAGUUAGUCACUCACUUUCACAAUUUCACAUGCAUCAGAGUCAUUAGGUGACUACUCUUUUUCCUUUCUAAGAUCACUCAAGAAAGAGUGGGUUUUUUUUUUUUUUUUUUUCAGGGAGGGAUUUGAAGUUUUGGAAGUGGAAAAAUCAUGGGGAAUUGCAUUAUGAAGACAUCCAGAUCAAGGAAGCUGGAAGAAGAGGAAGUAGAAGAGUUUGGUGAAGCUGCAACGGAGUUUGGGAAAGGCAGCAUAAAGGUGAAGAUAGUGCUUACAAAAGAGGAGCUAGAGUUGUUCCUGCUGAAGCUGAAGAAUAACAGUAAUGGAGGAAAGAGCUUACAGGAUCUUUUGGUGGAAAUGGAGGAAGCAAGAUCAGGAAAAGUUGAUUCCUGGAGGCCUUCAUUGGAGAGUAUCAUGGAAGACGUCGAACCAGCUGAAGGACUUGAAAUGGACAACAGAUCAUCAUGAAGCUUCAAUCCUUUUUUUCUUGCUUUUCCUCUCCGUCUCUCUUUCUUCUUACUUUUUAGCCUUAGGGUUUUUUAUUCAUAUUCUUCAGAACCUCUUUUUUAUAUACUUGGGUAACUCCAUGGCAGGAUAUAUCAGAAUUAUCAUUCGCAAUUGUGUGAUGAACCAAGUUCCAAAUGUUUCUCUACCUUUAGAGAGGAGUUUUUGGAUAAAUACAUAUAUAGAACUUUCUCUCUUAAUUACUAUAAACUUAGAUCUUUUAUUCAAGUUUCCUGGAGUUAAACAAAGAUCAGUAGGCAUAUCUACUUGAGAUGA